AGAGAUUGCAAAGCGCGUCAGUUGCAACAAAUUGCUGCUACGCUCCACACGUUGCGAGCGGAACGCUAUUUACUGGAUGGUUGCCGUGUGCCUAAAAACCUGCUGUAGAUUUCAAUAAUACCAGGCGUUGCCGUAUCAGCGUGCGCUCGAUUGCGUUAAAGAAGAGCGUGAUACUGAGAAGAACCCAGAGCUAGAACGAGAGCGAGAGUGAGAGCGGCAACGGGAGAGUAAGAGUGCGAGCGUAUGAGAGUUUCCGUUAUCUGUUGCUGUGUGCGUGAGCGUACGGAACUGAGCAAAUGUCUGACGACGAAGCCAGUUCAUUUGGAGCUGGCUCCCAGCGUAUACGUAACGUGUUGACCCUAGAGGAGCGUGUGGAGGUCAUACGUCAAUAUGAUAUCAUGCCCAUGUACAGCAAGCUGGCCAAGAACUUCAACUGCAGCUGGGAGCAGAUCAAGAACAUUGUCUCCAAUCGAGAGCCCAUUAUGGAGUUCUAUGAAGCGACGCGCCACAACAACAAACAGCCGAAUUCCAAGUUAGAGGAGCUGCGCAGGCGCAAAAUCAAUUUCCUGGGCCAUUGCCUAUAUGAGUAUAUACAACGUGCUCAGUUCUACCUGCGCGUAGACAUCAACGAGGAGCUAAUCCGCACCAAGGCUUUAGAUUUCCAGACUUUAAUGGGCAUUGACAACUUUGUGCCCAAUAAGUCUUGGAUCAAUCACUUCAAGGCGGCCUACAACAUCACGCUCUCCAAUCGUCAGAUAACGAUGACGCGCAAGCCACCUCGUUCUCUGGAUCUGCGAGAUAUAAUGUCUUACUGUGGCAAGAAUAUACCCACAUCGGACAGCAGCAAGUUACCGGAUUUACCUGCUCCAGCUCAUGUUGUGGCAUUCAGCACGCAGCCAGCUGCUACGCCGUUGCAGGUAAGCGUGCCAGCCACAACUGGCCGGGCGGCAUUGCUGUCUCCCAGAAAGCCCGUAGACAUACGUUCCUUGUAUCGCACCAAGACUCUGGUUGCGGCGUCCACUCAGAACCAGGCCACAUUGGAUGAGCUGCAGCUGCGACGCAAGCGCAAAAUUAACUUUUUGGAGAAGGCGCUGUUCGAGUACAUUUCGCGUUCGCAAUUCCAUCACAAAAACAAGGGUCGCCUCGAUGUGGACCAUCUGCGCGAGGUGGCUGUCAAUUUACGCGACAUACUCAAGAUCGAGAACUUCUUUCCGGAUCGCACGUGGUUCAAUCACUUCAAGAGCCACUACAACUUCAGCUUCUCACAGGGCGUUCACUACGGCAUGAUGCUGCGUCGUGUGCCGCUCUCCCUGGAUCUGCGUGACAUAGUCAGCUACUGUGGCAGGCAUGAGCAGCGUGAGCAGUCGAUGGGCAACAUCACACUGACACCCAAGGAACCAGAGUCAGCUCGCUUUGUGCAUGUGCCACUGGCGGAGUCCAAGCCGGCGGAACCAGCCAAAGAAACAAACACAGCAAUUGAGGAAGACGAUGAUUGCGUGGCCAUUGAUGAACCGCCUGAGCUAAUCGAAAUCAAGGAUGAUGACGAGGAGCCAGAUAAAGCUGAGCUCAAGCGCCAAGCUGCAGAAGAUUCCGUACCUAGUCUACCUCUAAAGAUACAAAAGAUUGAGUCCUUGAAUCCCAGUGCGCACAGUCCGGGUCACUAUUCCGAGGAUAGCGCCGAUGCUGAGCCAUUGCCGCAUCGCGUGAACAACUACAAAGAUGCACUGCGUCUGCUGAAGCCACUCGAGGAGUUUGCGCUGCUGGAGGAGAACUAUCGUGCCAUUGGCCUGCUCACUCAGCUCGAGAAGAUCUUCGAGGGGGCGGUCAAUCAGUCCCAGAUCGACAAAUAGAGUUUCCAUACAUAACUAAAACUUGAACCAAAAAAUCAUAAUGCUGGCCUAGUUAUAUAUAAUAGAUGUACAUAUAUAGUAUAUAUAAUAAGCUUAAUUACAGUGUAUUAAGAGCUUUGCUCACUAAAACUUGAG